AUGUCCAGGCAGUCGAUCAGCGAUCUUGUCGACCUCACAGAGCGUAUCACACGCACCUGUUUUUUUUGUUCAGCUGGAGGAGGGUUUGGUGACAUCUGGCGCUGCACUCUACAAACUGGUGCAACACAUGACAUGGUUGCAGUCAAAGCAAUCAGGUUCCAAUCUGGAGAGGCCGGUGCAUCACAGGAAAAGGCGCUGCGACGUGAACUUGGAACGUGGAAGAGACUUGUCCAUGCGAAUAUCUUGCCACUACUAGGCAUAGCAAGAGGUUUUAGCCCCUCUAUAUCUAUGGUCUCCCCUUGGUACGAAAAUGGUUCGCUAGCAGCUUAUCUCCAGAAAUACGAAGAUAUUUCUCUGUCUGAUCGCCUCCGCCUACUUCAAGACAUUGCGUCGGGUCUCCGUUAUCUGCAUGGCAUCCCGGUGGUUCACGGUGACUUAACUCCAAACAACGUACUCCUGAAUGACGAAAAAAGGGCUGUCCUCACAGACUUUGGCUUAUCGUCCAUGCUCGGGGAUAUCACGGGUUUUUCAUAUCUUGAGCGGUCUUGUGCACAACCAGGAGCAAUUCGCUACAGCGCUCCCGAGCUUCUGAUUUUGGGGGAGUCUGAUGCAUCUAUCCGACCAGACAUUCGAAGUGAUGUCUACUCAUUUGGCUGUCUAGCGCUCAAAGUCCUUUCGGGAAACGAACCCUGGUCUGAUGUCAAACACUGGAGAACUAUCGUCAUCAAAGUCGCAAAUGGACGUACACAACAGAGGCCUACCCACAGUCCGAUUUCAGAUGCCCAUUGGCGACUAAUACAACAAUGUUUCUCACGACCUCGUGCUCGACCAUCUACAAAUGACAUUCUGAAAUUUCUCAGAAAAGAAUUACAGUCGGAAGUCUCGGCCGUAAAUCGAUCGACCCAAUGCUCCAAUCGAGAUGAAGCAACGGCAUCUCUCAAGUACAAAGUUACUGCCAACACAUUUCAUUUGACACGUGCUUCCGGGACAAGUCACAUUAUUGAUGCAAAUGAACAAAUAGCGUCUACGUUGCUCAGUUCUAUACCUGAUAUUCCUGACAAAGGGAAAAGUCCUGCGCGCAAGUUCAGUUUGAAUUUGUUCCGCCGUAAAAGCGUGCAAUCGAUUCAAACACAAGGCCCGAUCAUCGAGGCCCGUUCGCUGACGAUAGUGCAAGACUUUGCCGUACCUUCGGGGGGGCUUGGCAAUACUUUUCAGUGUGUCUUGCGGAACAAGACUUUCAAAAAGGAGAAGGUCGCUGUCAAGUCCAUCAAGGUACGAGAUGACGAUGAAGAGAACAUUAAGGAGGCUCAAAAAAUCAUCCUGAAAGAAGUGCAAGGCUGGAUGUCUCUCCCCCAUGAAAAUCUAUUACCUAUCUACGGUACUACUACUGGCUUCGGUUCUAGCCUUCCAUGUUUGGUUUUACCUUGGAUGGAGAACGGGUCGUUGACCAGCUACCUGAGCGUCAAGAAUCAAAACCUCCCAAUCGCUACGAAAUUUUUGCUUCUAUCUCAUGUCGCAGCUGGGCUUCAAUUUCUUCACAGCAAUUCCAUAAUACAUGGCAAUCUCAGUAGUAAUAAUGUCCUAAUUGAUGAGCGCCACAAUUCCUAUCAUUGUGGUGCUUUGCGCUGGACGGCCCCGGAAUUGAUUGACGACGAUGAUCAGGAGCUCGGUCAUGCGUCCGAUAUCUAUUCUUUCGGAUGCAUCAUGCUUCAUGUGCUCUCCGAAAAAUUACCAUACUGGUGGCUGGACGAUGUUCUGCGCGUACUUUCUGCGCGACAUAAUGGCGUGAAUCCAGUCCGUUGCGGGCCGGAGAUGCAUGAGGAACAUGUGAAAUUCGUCCAGCAUUGCUUGUCGGUUUCUCCUACGGACCGGCCAAUAAUGGAUAAGAUCGACGAUUUCAUUGCAAGAUCUACGCGGUCCAUUGUAAAGUAGAGCUGUAUCAUACUGGAGUCUGGGGUUAUAUAUAGUCACAACCAGAUGUCAGUAAUUAGAUAUCGGGCAUUUGAG